AUGCAGCCCGGAGUGUACGAACUGGAGCGUCACCCAGGCCCCUCGUACACAUUGCCAGUCGAAAGUGGUUCCGAAUGCGAUAACACCCUCUCCAUUCCAUCCUCUACCUCUGCCACGACGAAUGCGGCUUCUCCCUAUGUGGCACCAAACAAGCCUGGAUACCACGAUGAAGAUGCAGAGUGGGAGGUGUACAAGGAUGAGAUCAUCCGCCUGUACUGGCAUGAGGGUCUGCCGACGCACGAGGUCCGUGACACCAUGGAUCGCCUGUAUGGAUUCUGCAAAUCGGUCAAGAUGUACAAGUAUCGCUUCAAGAAAUGGAACGUGCGUAAGAACUUCACAAAGCAGGAAGCUCUGGACCUUGCAGCACGCCAGGAUCAUUCGUCCGGGUUUUGGCCCGAGACGAGAGGCCAGCGGUAUCGACAGCGGAUCGUCCGUCAUCUGCGGCAGAAAGAUGCCGACGAGGGAAUUGUUAGGCCGCGAGGAGGUCGCCGGACGGGCAAGAACAGGACCCAGCAGCAGCAGCAACAGCGACAAAGACCACAACGGCAAGAUCAACAACAAGACCUGGCUUCCGUCAUCGUCCUUCCAGGCCGUAUCAACCCUCCAGAUGUGUUUCAAGCCUUCGAGAGGGCCUUCUACCAUGCAGACAUCUACCUUGAGAACGUCAGCGGACGGCGUCACUCCAGGUGGUUCACUCGGCCCCCCGCACUCGAGUUUGGCGAAGGCUUCUUCGACCUCUUCGUCCAGGGCAUGGAGGACCUGACACGCGGAAUUCACACCCAGGAGGUCUUCUCGGCCCUCAACAGCGCCUUCGACAGCCUCAAAGGGCUCAUUUCCACCGAUCAUCCCCUCAUUUACUACCGUAUCGCCAGCAGAGUUGCCUCGUGCAAGGUGUACCCAUCCUCGGACGUCUGCAUCAAGCUCUGCCGACUGCUGGCCGACUACUGCCUCAAUAUGACCCGCGUGCUCCACGGAGACUCGCACCCGCUCACCUUCUGGUGGAUGCUCCAGAUCAUGGUGCUGGAUUCUGGCGACCCGAGCGCCCUCGAGGAUUUUCUCGAAAUCUCAAGGAUGCAGUCUGGCAAGCAUCUUGUCCAGGGAAAGGGGCUGGUUCACGUCGCCAUGUAUGUGCCCAGUGAGGCCAGAGAUAGGGACCAAGACUCUCUGCGCGCCACGAUCCAGACGCUCUCGUCAGAUCCAAGCCGUAUCUCCGAAGUGCAGGAGGCAAGGCUCGCACUGGCAGAGCAGCUCCUGCAGCAGGAGGAAAAGGAUGAGUCCCUUCGGAUCCUGGAGGAGGCCAUCGCCUCCAAGCAUCUGGACCCGCAUAGCCCCUCGAGCAGGACGUUUUGGAUCUCGGAGCUGCUGUGGCGAGCAGAGGCCCUGGAGAGAUCCAUCUCGAUGCUGAGGGAGACUGUGGACCUGGUCAAGGUCGAAGAGGAGAUUGGGACGACGUCCGGGCGUGAUGCGACGCUUGACUAUGUCUCGGUGUUGGCAGUCUUGCGUGCCAAGCUGGAAUGGCUCAGGUGGGAAGAAGACCUCCGUCUUGUUAAUGCCGCCCUGGCUCCACUAAUGGAACGACGGGGCUCGCCUCUCAAGGUUCGCUUUGUGAGCAGUGACCUGGAGAUGGACCCAGAUAUCCGAUACCAAACUGGCAGUAGCAGUGCCAGUCCUGAGAGCACAACAACAUUGUCGCCCUCUUCUUCUCUGCCAAUACGGCCAUUAUCUUGA